GCAAACUACAGCAUAACCAAUCUCUUUCUUUCUUCUCUUAUCCGUUGUGUUGAGCCUUGAGAGAGCUUCAAAUAUCUGUGACUGUGAUAUCAUUUCUUCUGCUCUGUUCUACGCUCCAACUAUUUGCUAUAAAACAACAUCGAAUUAAAGGGUAGAGCUUUGUGGGGCUUUUGCUUUACCGCUUCCGUUUUCUCAACACUCUGAGUAAUGGGUAUGUUUCACUUUCUCAACAACUUGUGAAUUCUCUUCAUGGGCAAGUAAUUUGAAUUGCUUGCUCACUGUUUGAAUUAGUUUCUUUAGUGUUUAUCAUUUUGCUUAGGAAAAAGAAGAAGAAAGAUAUAGGAAUUAGGAAGAGAAACAAUGGAAGGGUUGUUAAACACAUUCCCUAACCAAACUUGCUUUAAACCCUUCAUUUUUUAUCCUAAGAUAGUUCAUAAGCUUCCAAUGCUAAAAUUGAGAACUGGGUUUUUUACUCGAAAACCCGAGCUAGGUUUUGUGAGAAGAAACUGUAUAAAUUUAGGUAGAGAUAGUCAUGCUAUUAGCUCAGUGAGUGUUGAUGGUGGUGAUGAAGAAAAAGAAAAAGAAAGUAGUAUGGAUUGGGAAUUGGAGUUCCUUGGGGAGCUUGACCCUUUGGAUGUUAAACCUCCUAAGAAAAAGAAAAAACAAAUUAAGUCUAGGUUGUUGGCAGAUACUGAUGGAAUGGAUUGGUGUGUGAGAGCAAGAAAGGUUGCCCUCAGAUCAAUUGAAGCAAGGGGGUUGAGUCAUAAAAUGGAGGAUUUGGUUGCCGUCAAGAAGAAAAAGAAAAAGAAGAAGAAGAAAUUGGUAAACAAUGAGAAAAUUGAUAGGAAGCUCAAGGAAGUUGAAGAAGAUUUGGAUUCUGAUUCGGAGGAUGACUUUGAAUUGCAAGAUAUGGAAAAUUUGGAUGAUAUUGAUGAUCUAAAAAGGAAGGUCAGUAUGAUGGCGGGCGGGAUGUUUGAAGAGAAGAAGGAGAAGGCAAUGGAAGAACUUGUUCAGAGGUUGUCCCAAUUUUCGGGGCCCACUGAUCGUAGGAAAGAAAUUAACUUGAACAAAGCUAUUAUAGAAGCACAGACUGCAGAGGAAGUGUUGGAGGUUACUGCUGACACAAUCAUGGCCGUUGGGAAAGGCUUAAGCCCCUCACCUCUCUCUCCUUUUAACAUUGCUACUGCUCUUCAUCGUAUUGCUAAGAACAUGGAGAAGGUUUCAAUGACAGAAACACGUAGGCUGGCUUUUGCCCGUCAAAGAGAGAUGUCUAUGCUUGUGGGUAUUGCAAUGACGGCCUUACCAGAAUGUUCAGCUCAAGGUAUCUCGAAUAUAUCAUGGGCAUUGUCCAAGAUUGGAGGUGAGCUUCUUUAUCUAUCAGAAAUGGAUAGAGUUGCAGAGGUGGCCUUAACCAAAGUUUCAGAAUUCAAUUCUCAGAAUGUUGCUAAUGUUGCGGGUGCUUUUGCUUCAAUGCAGCACUCUGCUUCUGACCUCUUUUCAGAAUUGUCAAAAAGGGCAUCGGAUAUAAUUCACACUUUCCAGGAGCAGGAACUUGCUCAGGUCUUGUGGGCUUUUGCUUCUUUACAUGAGCCUGUUGACCCUUUGCUUGAAUCUUUAGAUGAUGUCUUCAAGAAUGCUAGCCAAUUUAAAUUCUGUGAAGAUAGCAGUUUGGACAGCAAUAAAGCUCUUGAUUCUGAUCAAGCUUUAAGAUCUCCUGUCCUCAAUUUCAAUAGGGAUCAACUUGGAAAUAUAGCUUGGUCUUAUGCUGUUUUUGGACAAAUGGAACGGAAUUUCUUUUCUCAUUUAUGGAGAACCCUGAGCCACUUCGAGGAGCAAAGGAUUUCGGAGCAGUAUAGGGAGGAUAUCAUGUUUGCUUCUCAAGUUCAUCUUGUGAACCAAUGCUUGAAGCUAGAGUACUCACAUCUUCAGUUAUCUCUAAGGAGUGCUCUCGAGGACAAAAUUUCUCAUGCAAGAAAAACUAAGAGGUUUAAUACGAAAACAACUUCAUCAUUUCAGAAGGAGGUAGCUCGUCUCCUCGUUAGCACUGGCCUCGAUUGGGUCCUAGAAUAUGUUGUGGAUGGGUAUACUUUAGAUGCAGUUUUGGUUGAUAAGAAGGUUGCUUUGGAGAUUGAUGGGCCAACUCAUUUCUCAAGGAAUACCGGGGCACCUUUAGGGCAUACCAUGCUGAAACGCCGCUACAUUACUGCUGCCGGUUGGAAGGUUUAUUCAUUGUCAAAUCAAGAGAUGGAACAGCCCCUCAUCUCCAAUCAAGAUGAUCUUUGGUGUGCAUGAAAGCAGUGGGAAGAAGUAAUCAACAGUGGCUCUGGCAAAAUAUGAGUCCCACAAAAGUUAUGGAGUGUAUUUCUAACAAAUCUUACACCACAUCUAAUUAGGCACUCACUUUAUAUAUGUACAGAUGCACAUGCAUGUCUGUUUAUAUGGAUAUACAAAGAAGAAGAUUAUCUUCAAAUUAAUGAUAAAUAUAAUUUAAUCAUCAUUUAUGCAUGUAGUGUGAUAUUAUUUGUGUUAUGCUAGACCCUUUUCUUUUCACCUUUGAGUACCACGUCAACACAACAUGACAUGAGUAGAUAGAUACGGCUGUCAAACAAUUCAAAAUGGUGGAUGUUAUACUGUAACAAACAAACAUGACAGUUGGGCGUAUAUGUGAUCACCAAACACACAUAGCUAAGUCCAUUUUACAUAGAAAAGGUUUAUGCCUAUAUUUGUUGUCCCUUUCAUAAACUUCACUUAUGUCAUGCUUUGUUAACUAAUCUUUUGCACAAUCAAUUUCAAGCCUAGAGAAGGGAGGGUUGAGUAGAUUGAUGGUUAUUAUAAUACUUAUUCACCAUGGAUGAAUAUAGAUCCUUUGUUGAAGGUAAGGCUUAGUUGAGUUCAGUAUAAUAUCCAUUUUAUCAAUUGAGCCAUCUUAUCUAGACUUUGUUUUUUGGAUAAUAAUGAAUUUUUUUGAGACCAAAAAAAAAAAAGUCACCAACUCCAAGAAUACAGGAUGUAUAGAACUGUGGACAAUACAAUCAAGCACACAAAUUACAAUGAUCUAUCAAAUCACAAACCAAUCAUAGUCUAUAACUUCCUACAACUGUCAUUCAAUCCAAUAUAGUUUAAAAGAAAAAUAAUUUAAGAUCCAGCAAGGUUCUCUCAAAAUCCUCAAAGCUUCGGUCAUUUCUCUCCCUCCAAAGACACCACAUCAAACAAUGGGGAGCAACCAUCCAAAUAACUCCAUUCCAAUGACAACCAACCCUCCCUUGCCAACAAGCUAGUAAAUCAACAACUUUGGCAUUACCCAAUUAACUCCAAACAAACUGAACACCAUAGACUUCUUGUUUACUUAUUUUUCUAUCUGAAUAGGCUCUAUGAUAAAACAGUGUCCUAUAAAUAGGAAAACAUUUGAGCAGUAUAUUUUUGUGGAUGAACACAGUUUCCCUGGAGUAAAUAAGUUGCAUAGCUGGAACCAAUGCCCGUUGUUGAAGGCCUUACUUCUAUAGCAAAGUCCAACCCCCUAAAAUACAGACAUACAGUGUCUUGCAGUCAACCACCAGACUGCAUUAGAAAUAUAGGAUUGAGCAAAUGUGUUGGAACAAGACAAUUUCCAUUUUUUCAAAAUCUGAUAUUUUGAUUUCCACUCAUACAUAUAAUUCUCAUCUUAAAAUAUGAAAGCAUUUCCCAGUAUCACUUUGGACAUUUUGUUCAUAGUCAGUAGUGGUAAAGACACCUAUGUACAUAUUGCACAACCAAGUGAAAAUGGGCAUAUUAUUAGGGACUUAUUUAGAUCUCUAUUUGGUAGUUGCUUAUUAUUGGGAAACCUGCCAUGCAUCUUUGUGGCCAGCUAUUCUAGAACAGGGAAUCUACUCAAUGGAAAGAAUUCUUCAAUCUUCGUACACAAAAAUUAGCUUGGUUUUGUCGUCACUGCCAUUUAUGUAAUUUUUUUUUCCCAAAUUGAUCAAACGAUACAGUAUCUACUAAAAUGAUUUGGGCACAAAAAUUGCCCGCAUUAGAGGUUGUAUGCCUCGAUUGAGAUAUCUUUGGUCUCGCAUAAGAGAGAGGGCUGCUUGACUUGGACAUGAGCAACUACUAUGUGUUACACAUCUUCAAAUAUUUGUUGAGCAGGGCCCAAAUUUAGCCCAUACAAUUUUUAAAUUGCCUCAUAAACAUGUUGAUUCUGAGUGAUGACUAUCUCAUGAGAACAAAACACGACUUUGUAAUGUCUUUAAAUUGAAUUGUGGAUUAUUAUCAAUGGCAUACUAUUUCUUACAUGUUCUGGACAAGGUAAUUGAAGUCCUGAUGGAGUAUUAUGGUCCAUCUAUUUUUGUUUUUGUUUUUGUUAUCUGUUUGUUUCUUCCCAAUUUAAAUCAACUGAU